GGUUCCCGUGUUUCCCAUGAUGCCGUGCCCGUUGGGCAAAUUCAAACAGUAGAAAUGGAAGAGGAAUCGAGGAGAGGAGAGUUAGACUGUACAAACAUGACUGUCAUCACACAUAGCAACACCAACGAAACCUCUAACAACAGCUACAACAACACAAAUACUCACACCGAUCAGUCUACAGCUCAGGAAGAAGAAUCAAAGGUUUCCUCUGAUGGAGAAAAGGAAUGGAACAUUUUGUGCCAUGUCGAUGAUCCUGAAUCCUCCACUAAAUCUAAGGUGGAAAAUGUGUGCUUGUUGGACAACAAUGGUGAGGUCGAGAGAGACGGGGAUCCCCCUUUAAACCCAUCAGAAGACAAAGAAAAUGAAAAUAUCCUCACACAUGCAAGAACAGAACAUAGAGGUGACGAUUGCCAGCAGAUUGAUCCUUUGGCCAAUUCUUCUGGCAGUCAGAGGGAUUGUGAAUCUAGCGGAGUGUCUGCAAACCAUAUUGAUGAUGAGGAAAUAUUCUGGAGAGCAAGAGAAGAAGGACGAGUGAAUGUUGUCUUUCCUGGCCAUAUCACCCAGGAUGGCUGCUGUAGAUUUGUUUGUGAGCUUCUGAAGUGUGUCCUUUACCAGCGGCAGCAGAUACCUAUGACAUAUGACCAAAUGGUGUUCCUCCAGAAACAGCAGCAUAAUGCCACUCAGACAAAGGACAUGGUAAACCAACGGUCUGCAAAGACAUCUGAGGGCUUGGACUGGCGUCGAUGCCAGCAGACAUUGCAGGAUCUAGAUGAAGUGCUGGCCCACCUUGAGGCAUUGUUCUCUCUUAGCCAAGUUCCUUGUGUGCUUUUCAUGCUGGGUGGGUCUACCGUCCUUCCUACCGAGCUGUAUGAGGUAAACAUGGAAGCGGUGGCUGUGGGAGCCGGGGAAAACUGCUUAAGGACUUCAACCUGUCUAAGACAGCUUUUCCGCACAUUGUUUGUGGCUGACCUGUUGUCGGAUGCCAAGUCUGUGCGGCUUAUGACUACCACGGUCAUGGCUCUGGGUCACCGGGAUUGUGGCGUGACUGGGUUUAAGCCCAAAAUUGAUCCUUUGGCCAAUUCUUCUGGCAGUCAGAGGGAUUGUGAAUCUAGCGGAGUGUCUGCAAACCAUAUUGAUGAUGAGGAAAUAUUCUGGAGAGCAAGAGAAGAAGGACGAGUGAAUGUUGUCUUUCCUGGCCAUAUCACCCAGGAUGGCUGCUGUAGAUUUGUUUGUGAGCUUCUGAAGUGUGUCCUUUACCAGCGGCAGCAGAUACCUAUGACAUAUGACCAAAUGGUGUUCCUCCAGAAACAGCAGCAUAAUGCCACUCAGACAAAGGACAUGGUAAACCAACGGUCUGCAAAGACAUCUGAGGGCUUGGACUGGCGUCGAUGCCAGCGGACAUUGCAGGAUCUAGAUGAAGUGCUGGCCCACCUUGAGGCAUUGUUCUCUCUUAGCCAAGUUCCUUGUGUGCUUUUCAUGCUGGGUGGGUCUACCGUCCUUCCUACCGAGCUGUAUGAGGUAAACAUGGAAGCGGUGGCUGUGGGAGCCGGGGAAAACUGCUUAAGGACUUCAACCUGUCUAAGACAGCUUUUCCGCACAUUGUUUGUGGCUGACCUGUUGUCGGAUGCCAAGUCUGUGCGGCUUAUGACUACCACGGUCAUGGCUCUGGGUCACCGGGAUUGUGGCGUGACUGGGUUUAAGCCCAAAGUGGAUUUUAAAGUCCCCACAAAAGUGAAAAGGCAAGUCAUCUCUAUAGCCAGUGAUUUGUCACUCACCAGGGAGUUACAAAAAAGUAAAACCGAUCUAGAGUACUAUAUAUGGUUUCAAGCCCCUGUCACUGUGAAAGGUUUCUGUAAAUGA